CGCCCCCUCAGCGGAAGUCGAGCGCCAAACUCAAACCUGAGCGGGACCGGACGCCGCCGAGGCGGGUGCCGGAGCCCGGCCUGUGGACGCGGCGCGCGGCGGCGGGACAGCGGUCCAGCAUGAGCCAGGUCCUGUUCCAGGAGCUCGUCCCGCUGCAGGUGAAGUGCAGAGACUGCGAGGAGAGGAGAGUCAGCGUUAGAGUGAGCAUUGAGCUGCAGGCGGUGUCUAAUCCGGUCCACAGGAAGGAUUUAGUUAUCCGUCUGACCGAUGACACUGACCCAUUUUUCCUCUAUAACCUUGUUAUAUCUGAGGAGGAUUUUCAGAGUUUAAAAUUCCAGCAAGGUCUUCUGGUAGACUUUUUAGCUUUCCCGCAGAAAUUUAUAGAUCUGCUGCAGCAGUGCACGCAGGAGCACGCCAAGGAGGUCCCCAGGUUUCUGCUGCAGCUGGUGUCGCCAGCAGCUGUGUUGGACAGCUCUCCUGUUCUCCUCAAUGUGAUAGAGACAAAUCCUUUUAAGCAUCUUACACACCUCUCCCUAAAACUUUUACCCGGCAGUGAUGUGGAGAUAAAGAAGUUUCUAGCAGGCUGUUUGAAAUGUAGCAAGGAAGAAAAAUUAUCACUGACACAAUCGCUAGAGGAUGUUACUAGGCAACUGAGUUUCACACAAAAGACAUUAUCAGAAAAAGUUCAAGAAUUAGAUAAGUUACGGAAUGAAUGGGCAUCCCACACAGCAGAACUGUCGAGUAAGCAUUCCCAGGAGCUGACCAGUGAGAGGGAGAAGGCCUUGCAGGCGCAGAUGCAGUACCAGCAGCAGCAUGAGCAGCAGAAGAAAGAGCUGGAGGUCCUCCACCAGCGCAGCACCCAGCAGCUGCAGAGCCGGCUGUCUGAGCUGGAGGCGGCCAACAAAGACCUCACCGAGCGGCGCUACAAAGGCGACUCCACCGUCAGGGAGCUCAAAGCCAAGCUGGCUGGCGCCGAGGAGGAGCUGCAGCGGGCGAAGCAGGAAGUGCUGUCCCUGCGGAGGGAGAACUCCGCGCUCGACGCCGAGUGCCACGAGAAGGAGAAGCAGGCCAACCAGCUGCAGACCAGAGCGGCCGUUCUCGAGCAGGAGCUCAAGGACAAGGACCAGCUGGUCCUGCGGACCAAAGAAGCGUUCGAUACAAUCCAGGAACAAAAGGUGGCUUUAGAAGAACACCGUGAGAAAAAUCAGGUACAAAUAGGAAAACUGGAAGCAACUAUCAAAUCAUUAUCAGCGGAACUGCUUAAGGCAAAUGAAAUUAUCAAGAAGUUACAAGGAGAUCUGAAAACUCUAAUGGGGAAAUUGAAACUGAAGAAUACAGUUACCAUUCAGCAAGAGAAACUCUUGGCUGAAAAGGAAGAAAAAUUACAAAAGGAACAAAAGGAAUUACAAGAUGUUGGGCAGUCUCUCCGAAGUAAAGAGCAAGAGGUAUGCAAAUUACAAGAACAGUUAGAAGCUACCGUUCAAAAGCUUGAGGAAAGCAAACAGCUUCUAAAAAAUAAUGAAAAGUUAAUCACAUGGUUAAACAAAGAACUAAAUGACAAUCAGCUAGUGAGAAAGCAGGACGUGCUGGGCCCUUCUGCCACUCCGUCGGUACAUUCCAGCAGCACGAUCAGAAGCGGGCUCUCUCCUGGCUCUCACCUGGCUGAUGGCAGACUGCCUUACCCACCCUGUGGCAUCGGAUACCCUGUCGCCUCUGCCUUUGGAUUCCAGAACACCUUUCCUCACGCCGUGUCUGCCCAAAACGCCAGCCACCCGGCUUCCGGACCCAAGGUUCAGUUUAACUUGCAGUUAACCAAACCAAACCCGUCACUGGGGGACGUUCCGGCGGGAGCAGCCCUCGGUGUGCCCGGCGCCGCUGACAAGGAGAACGGUGAGAACUUGGGGCUGGAGCCCAAGUACCUGAAGAAAAGGGAAGCCAGCAUUCCUCUGCGGGGGCUCAGCCAGAACCUCUUCAGCGCCGCAGACCGUCAGAAAGAGGGCCCGCUGGGAGCGCUGCCGCCAGCCUGCAAACCCGCCUCGGUGCCUCCCUCCUCCGCCUACUUCCCCGGGCAGCUGCCGCACAGCUAGCGGGCCCUCUGCCGCGGGAGCCGGCACCGCCUGGUGAGGCGCUGUGGCCCACGGGGACAGACAUCCGCACCAGGAGCAUGCCAGGGCUGCCAGGCAGCCCGCUGUGCGCACCUCCUGCUGCUGCCGCUGCCGCCCCUGCCACAGGCGGCUCCGAGGAGCCCGUGGACUGGGACUUGGGACGGAGGCCGGGGUCGGUGCCAGGCUGUGUGUGAACACGGUGCUUUACAGGACAGCAGUGUCUUCAACUCGCCUGAGCAGCUCGGACACGUCCCCAGACGAGGGUUGAUCGUCAUCAGGGUUCUAAUCCCAGGGACUGCCUGCCUGGUAAAGUCACUUGUCCGACGGAAUGGGAGCUAGAGGAUGCUAGUAAUUCCUUUCAUCAUUGUCCUUGGUAAAAUGUUUUACAUUUGCCACCUAAGAAUUAUGAGGGAAGAUGGUGGUCUCCUAAAGUCUCUAUAUUUAUUGAUGAUAAGGUUCAGUAAAGGAAAAAGUCAUAAAGUUAAAUGAAUUCUUUACAGCAAGUGUUUUCCUUGAAAUCUCCCAGGUAGCUAUUAACUGGGACGUGUCUUUGCCCAGAUCAGGUGCUGGAGUCAUUUGAGCUGCAGUUCCCAGGGUUUAAUUGCUUCCUGAAAGUCUACUCAUCCCAAUUUUUUUUCGUUUGGAGUUUUAUUGGUGUUUUAUGCAGUUAAAUUUGUAUUAGUGGCGUUCUGUUUUGAAAGUAAGUACUAUACAAAAGAGCAUCAUGAAUAUUCAUUGUACUUGAUUUUUCAUUUCAAAGCGCGUUUAAUUGUGUGCGCAAUAAAGUAGGCAACUUUCUCUUGG